GCCACUGUGCCUGCAACCUGGUCAGAGAGGAAGUUUGAUCUGUGCAGCCCUUCUCCAAGGAUGGACAGUUGUCACACUACAAACUCCUGUGUACUCAUCCUUCUUGUGGUCCUAUUGUGUGCAGAAAGAGCUCAGGGGCUGGAGUGCUAUAACUGCCUGGGAGUUCCACUUGGGAUGGCCUGCAAAUCAAUUACCUGCCCCUACCCUGAUGCAGUCUGCAUUUCUCAGCAGGUAGAACUUAUUGUGGACUCUCAAAGAAGGAAAGUAAAGAACAAACUCUGUUUUCCUUUCUGCCCUGCUAAUCUUGAAAAUAUGGAGAUCCUGGGUACUACUGUCAACGUGAAUACUUCCUGUUGCAAGGAAGACCUCUGCAAUGCAGCAAUUUCCACUGGAGGCAGCACCUGGACCAUGACAGGGGUGCUUCUGUUAAAUCUGGGCUUGGUCUUCCUGCAGACCUUGCUGUAAAAAGACCUUCCUGUCCUUCCAAGGACCUCCACCCUUGUUGUUUUAUCCUCAUGUGCAACUAUUCCUUCCUGGAGCCCUCUAGUGAUGAAUUAUGAGAUAUUGAAGUUCUGAGGUGUGGGUAGUGUGUGUGGAAUAUGUUGUUUCAACUUUAUAGCCCUUGCAUGGUAAGUGCCCCACUCCUCUCUAGGAAUUUCAGAUAUGUACUUCCCAGAAUGCCAUUUUGUUGUGGCUUGCUAAUCUUGGCCCUGGAAGCCCGUGGCUAGCAGAGGGUAGAGGCAGAAUUCCAAGAUAUUAAGCCAUCACCAUCCACACAUAAGUGUCUGAGGUCCUGCGGGAUUCUCAUGUAUGUGGCUUUAUGUCCCCCUGUUGAGUCCAAUAAACCCUUUGUUCUCC